AUGGACAAGGGCACUAUCAACAUUGUGUAUGUUGAGGAAUCUCCAACAGUAACUCUUACCUUUACAGAUGUUACUGAUAGUUCACCUCUGCCAUCUGAUGAUGUCUGCUCAUCUGCAUCCACCCAUGACACUUUACCUGUUUCACCGACAUCAAUCACUGAAAGUCCCACCCAGCGGUCAAAGGGAUGGCCUGCGGAAUUUCCAAUCCCUCGUUUCUCUGCCAGUACAGAAAUUCUGCUUCAGUCAGGCAAUGAAACGUUUAAUUGUUCUGGGACUCUGUUUGGUACCAAAGAUCUCAUCUUGCUACUUCCAGACAUUCUUGGAAAUUUAGCUGAGACCAUUUUUGAGUAUGCUGCUUAUCCAUCAAGUGCCCAACUAAGUCAAGUAGCAGAGGCCUUGGUCAAAAAACAUCCCUGCCUCAAAGAACCCGGGUCCUUCAAUGGGUGUUAUGGAUGGAUCCAGCGCCUCAAAUAUAAAAUGAACAACUUCAGAUCCAAACUUCGUGGGAUUGGCUGCCCAGAAAUUGUGGUGAACUCACUCAAGAGAAAACCGUCACAUGAGCAGGCUCCUGCUAAAAAUGUUAAAAAGCCAAAAAAGGCUGAGGUAAAUUACCUACCUCCUCAUCCACAAGGUGAAACCAGUGAAAGUUUGGAGAAGGAGAGAAUGGAGCUCUUGUGUGAAGUCAUGAAAAGGGAUAACUGGCAGGUGGUUGCAGAGAAAAUGGCCAAGACAUUCUCUCUUCGGAGGCAAGAAAUCAUAUAUGAGGCACCUGCAAUCAGGGACUUCAUGCAGCGCUGGCCUGCAUUAUUUGAUGUCACACAGAUAAACAACGACUUCAAGAGAAUAACAACUGUAAACCUUGAACCUACAUUCAUGGCCAAACUUGACCAUUGCACCCAGAAAGUGAUGCAUAUGGUGUCAUCAAGAGGAGGAGCUUCAGGAUUAAGACUCAGGCAGCUGAAGGACAUGCUUCUUGUCGGAAGAGACAGCAGAAGUCUUGAAGAAGAAGGAGAAAAGACGGUCCAGGACAUGAGAAAAACAACCCCAAACCUGGCCUACAUUGAUGAUGCAAUGAAAGCCACAUAUGCACUGAGAAGACAGGAGAUCGUUGAAGAGGAGCCACCUGUGGCUGAAGCAUCAAACCAAAGGAAGAGAGCAGCAGCUUUGCAGGGACUGCCAUGGUACAUGAAGGAAAAUCCUUCUACACUCAUGAAGAGAUUUGAGCCAACAGAUCCUGUGGAGGACGUCAUCAAGGGAAUGGUGAUUGGAAUCCUUUUGGUCGUUGAAGAUGUGAAGGAGCCCCUUCCAGUUUCCUACAACGAUGUUGCCAUCGUCAUUGAGGAAAAUAUUGCCAUGCGUCAUCUGGGUGAUGUAUCCAACGCUUUUGUGAACCUGAUGGGCCUGCUGUACAUACUGAACCUUGACUAUCCAAAAGACUUGAAAUAUACUUUUGAAGUGAUUCAGCGCCUGUUCAUGGGAAUUGGGUCUGAGAUGUGCACUCCCAGGAUGUCUCAGAGCAAACCUAUCCAACGUACUGAAGUCAGGAUUGGUCAUUCUCUGAAUAAAGGAGAGCAGGACCAUGUUUCCAGGAGGAGAGAGACUGUUCUGCAGUGCUUAAAGAGACAUGGCAUCAACUGCAGUCAGGCUACAAUGCCCAACAUUGCACUGCUGGGCUCUGGGGGAGGUGAGCGAGCCAUGCUGGGGUUACUGGGAUCACUGGUUCAACUAAAGAACUGUGAUCUCCUGGACAGCAUAAUGUACCUGAGUGGAGUCUCAGGAUCCACAUGGUGCAUGACAUCCUUAUAUAAAGAGUCAGACUGGUCCACCAAACUGGCCGCUGUGAAGGAGAAUAUCAUUAAAAGGCUUGAUGGACCUGCAGUCAGCUGGUCAGAUGCUUGGAAAAAACUGAACAAAUACUAUGACCAGAAUGUCAACUUCUCUCUGACAGACGUCUGGGCUGCAAUGUUUGUCACUACGAUCAUGAAAGAGAUUAAUGAAAACACUAUAAGCGGUCAGAGAGAGAAUCACAGCAAAGACCCAUAUCCCAUCUACACUGUGAUUGACAAGCAGUGCAAAAAGAAGAAACAGGACCGAGAUGUCUGGUUUGAGGUUGCACCUUAUGAAGCUGGCUACUCCCUCGCUGGUGCGUUUGUGGACUCAGCCUAUUUUGGGAGUCAGUUUGAAGAAGAACGUUUAGUGAAAAAACAACCUGAGAUUGACAUGCUGUAUCUGCAAGGACUCUGUGGCAGUGCCCUCGCUAGUAGACAAGAAAUACUGAAAUGGUUAUGGGAACAUAUCAAAGAAUUACUUCCAUUUGCGCAAUACUCACCCCAGGGCCAAAAGGUGCUCUUAACUCUCGUGGAGCUGAACAUAUGUGUUCUGAACAAGGAAGACCCCACAAGUCUAAUCACAGAAAUGACUGUGCAGCUAGAAGGAAAGCUGGAUAAACAUGGGAGAGCAAUGUUCAUCUCUAAAGAAGAGUUACUAUAUGACCAGAAGCAUCAGACACUGAAGGAAUACACACUGAUGAUAUGUAAAAAUUUCCAAGAUUGGUUUGAGGACUCUGAGAGGAAAGCAAGGAUCUCGUGGAUUAUACCAAAGAUCUUUGAGCUUCUUAUAAACUGGACAUGGGGAACAACAUACGAUUUCCUCUACCAAAUGAAAGUGGAAGAUGUGGACCCCUCUAUUCUGAGUGAGGAGGACAGAAAUUAUGUGGAUGCUGGGCUGCUGGACAACUCUCCUUAUUUCCCAAUGCUGAGAAAAGCGAGACACAUCGAUCUCUUCAUCUCCCUUGAUUUCAGUUCUGGAGACCCCAUGGAGACUGUGGUUAAAGCUUCUGAAAUGUGCAGGGAAUUGAAGAUUCCGUUCCCUGAGGUAAAACCACCACCAAAGUCUUCUGAGCCAGAUGACUUCUAUUGUUUUGAGGGGAAGAACGGAGCUCCAACUGUGAUCCACAUUCCCCUUUUCAACAAAGUCAACUGUGAUGGUCAUAUUAAGGAGUGGGAGACAGAAUAUAUGACCUUUCAGGGGCCCUACAGUGGUGACAUGAUCAUCAAGCUGAUUGAGAAAGCAGGCGAGAAUGUGAUAAACAACAAGGGAAAACUCAUGAGAGUGAUACGGUCUGUCACCGAGGAAAAGGGUAAAACACAAUAGAGAGUGUUUGCCUUCAACUACAAGCUUGGGUGGUGAGCAAAUUGCAGUAAUUCAUGUCAGUGCUUCAUGCCACAUUAUGUUUAUUUUUAUAAAUCUGAUUCUAAGAUAGUGAUUGUUUUCUGGCCUGUGGGGUUACUGAUUGAUCAACUCAGUACAAUCUCAGUACAACAAUAUGUUUUGCUCUUGUGUAAUGACCAGGCACCUGAUCUAGAUUUUUGAACUUCACCUGCUUUACCUCAUUUCAUAAAUACAUAUUCAUGGAAAUA